AAUGGGCUGUGAGUUUGCAAAUACUACUAGUCCUGUAGUUUCAGUCUAAAUUCAGUUUUAUAACGCUACGGGAUACGAAGAUGUCUUCCAAAAGUCAGUUCUAAAAUAAUUGAUUAAGCCCCAUUUAAAAAUGGGUAACAUUCAAGGUAAUGAGAAACAACCUAAAACUGGAAAAUCACCUGCAAAAAGUAAACAUUUCAUAAGGAACCUAAACAGAAAAUCACCAGGUAGAGACAGUAAAAAACAUGGGAAGAAAAAGGGUGAUGCAAAACGCGAGACGAUCGAUAGGGAGUUUGAUAAAACGCCAGAUUCCGAUAACAAUGAAGCGAUCGAAACAUCCGAUAACGAUACGGUCGAGUGCGUGUUGUCAACAUCGCGGCGGGAUGCGGAGGGCGAGUCGGCGAGCGUGCACUCCGAGGUAACGGUGACCAGGUGCGAGUCGCGCGCGGGGCCGCGGUCACCGACCCGCGACCACUCCGCCCCGGCUGCCUCGGAGAACGACUCCCCGUCCGAGUCAGUGUUCACGGACCCGCUCACGCCGCUCGCCGUCGAGCUCAACCAGUGCUACUACUCCGCGGAGAGCGACAGCGCGCUCGACGAGCCUCCGCGCACCCUCACGCCCUCGCUGUCGGCGGCCGCCGCGCGCUCCGGCUCGCAGCUCGACAUGCCGCACGACGACGCCGCCUCCUCGCUGUCAACGGAUGACAUGGAAAAAGAAGAAAAAAGCGACGUAUUUGAUGACACUAGUGACAGGGGCGAUGAAAAGGUUAUGGGCGCUAUAAUUUCGGGGUUUCGCGGCGACCACAUAGACCGCAGUGCGCACGAGUGCAGCCAUGACUUCCGCGACAACCGGCUGAAGGCUUGUCCAGGGCAAACGUCGUUUACCCUCUCCAAGCACCGCAAGGUGGAGCUGACUCCCGUCGCCUGUGAAGCUUCGCUCAGUAUGCUUGAUAACGAAAAAGACCGAAGGCACUCGAGUGUCAGCGACAUGCCCAUGGGAGAGUCGAACGUGCUGCGCAAGGUGGCGUCGCUGACUCUGGAUAAGCACGCCGAGAACAGGGUGCUGCGCCCCCGGUUCGUGCCGGAGAAGCUCGACUUCCAACUGUACGAGAAGUUUGAAGGACAGAUGCUUUUAAAUUGGUUUCUAUCAUCGAUUUCUGAGAAUAAUCACUUGAAAAACUUGUUGAACCCACAAGAUCUGAAAAACCUUGGAAUUCAAUAUUGUACUCACCUAUUAGCAGCUGGAGUUCUGAGGCAGAUUUCAGACAAAGAUGCACCUACCGAAAACAUAUUCAAGCCGAAUCUGAUGUACUACUGGGCACAUAUGGAGACACCAGCAUCCCAGCCCGUGACCCCGGGACGCCUACACAUGGCUGCUUGGCCUCCUGACAAAGAGUUACUACCGCAAAUAACUCAAGAUCAACUUAUUGUAACUAAUCGUUGCAAUGUAGACAAUAAAUUCUUUAAUCAAAAUAAUAAUGAAGAAAUAAGUGACAUCAAUGAAGCAAAAGUAACCAUUUCACAGCUAAAACAAAAACUUCAAGAACUGGAAUUCCAAUUAGAAAAAUAUAAGAUUAAUGCUCAAAUAGAUGCUCUAAACAAAAAUUUAGGAAAGAGUUUUGACUCACCUUCUCAAGUGGUAGCUAAGACUAAAGUAGAACUAACGAAUAAAGAAGUACAGACAUCUUAUGAAAUUAAUAAACUCUCCUACAGGCCUUUGAUAAUACCUGACCCACAUUCAAAGUCAAAUGUAAAUAUUGAUAAUUCAGUAGUAGUAAGUAGUUGCCUAAAAGAUAUAGAAUUGAAAACUGAAAAUAGAUCUGAUAAAAUUGAAAACUAUUGUAAGUUAAAUAAAAGUAGAGAUUAUAAUGAAGCAAUUAGAAAAAUGGAUGUUCCUAAAAAUGCAGAAGAUAAUGCAAACAGCUCAAGGGAUGUAAAGGAUGAUAAUACAAUAGCUGUAAAUAGGAAUAUCAAUAAAUGUGCACAUCAUCCUAAUAAUAGUGCAACAUGCAUAAUUUCUUGCUGUUGCUGUUCCUCUGAUGCAUCAUUUCUUAGUGCAUUAACUUCAAGUGAGUCAAUGAGCAACCAAACAGAAUGUGCUUUGGAAUCAGAUGAACUGGCAUUGAAAAAUAACACUGAUUUGAAAAACACUCCUAUCACUGAAAUGUUAUUUACAAGCAUUAAGAAGAAUGUUACAUCGGAAACUAGUCAACAUUCAGCAAUUAAUACGUCCAGUGCACCAUCAUCAGAAAUAAAAGACGAAAAUUCUUAUUCUAAAUUGGAACAGAACAUUCCAGAAGAAGACAGUAGUAUUCAUCUAGCUAGUCUAUCCCCACCGACAUCUAGUAUUUCUACAAGUGAGACGCCGUCAGUAUUAAUUUGCCCAAAGCCACCGUCUCCCACUAGUCAACCCUCGACGCAGCCGCCUCCGCCGCUGCCGGGCGCGGCGCCGUCCCCGCCGCCCACGCCAGGGACGAAGGAAGCCACAGCGGCUACUUCAGCGCCGUCAUUGUCUGAAUUAGUUUUGUCUGAACAUGAACAACCACAUACACCUGAUGUACCAACUGGCACUUCAGCGCCAGAAAUGUCUUCUGCCCCACCGCCAAUUCCUCCACCACCAUCAGCUGAAUUAUUAAUACCUUCAUCUCCAGUGGCUGGACUAGGUCCACCCCCACCUCCAAUGCCAGAUUUGGGGCCACCCCCACCUCCAAUGCCAGAUAUGGGGCCACCUCCACCCCCUAUGCCUAAUAUGGGUCCUCCUCCUCCGCCAAUGCCUGAAAUGGGGCCACAUCCUCCCCCAAUGCCAGGAAUGGGACCUCCCCCUCCCCCUAUGCCUGUAAUGGGGCCUCCACCUCCCCCUAUGCCGGGUAUGGGACCACCUCCUCCCCCUAUGCCCGGAAUGGGCCCUCCACCUCCUCCAAUGCCUGGAAUGGGCCCUCCUCCUCCUCCAAUGCCUGGAAUGGGGCCUCCCCCACCGCCAAUGCCUGGAAUGGGGCCUCCCCCACCGCCAAUGCCUGGAAUGGGGCCUCCCCCACCGCCAAUGCCUGGAAUGGGGCCUCCCCCACCGCCAAUGCCUGGAAUGGGGCCUCCCCCACCGCCAAUGCCUGGAAUGGGGCCACCGCCACCUCCUUUGCCUGGAAUGCCGGGAGCAAGCCCCCUGCCGCCGCCUAUGCCAGGGAUGGGCCCCCCACCACCGCCGCCGAUAUCAGGCCCGCCGCCGCCGCCGGGUCAAAUGCCGUACUCAGGACCAGUGCCGUUCCCCGCCCCGCCUGUUGGUGGUUGGAGCAUGCAACGAUCGACUCUAAGAAAAACACCUGUGAAACCUGCUGCGCCUAUGAAGCCGUUAUAUUGGACACGAAUUCUAGCAAAUCAAGUAGCGCCUCCCUGCCAGGGCGAAUCAGAUUCUGUACUUUUAAAGCCUCUGUGGCUUGAAAUCGAAGAAACGAACUUAGACAACAUCGAAGAGUUUACAGAUCUGUUUUCGCGGCAAGUUGUAAAAGCACCGGUUAAGAAGAAAGUUGAAGUUAAAACUAAGAUUCAACCAGUGAAGAUAUUAGAUAGUAAAAGGUCCCAAAACGUGGGUAUUCUUGCUCAAAGCUUGCACGUCGAGUUUUCGGAAAUAGAAAAUGCUAUAUAUAAUUUUGAUACUUCUGUCGUAAGUUUAGAAGCUCUACAGCAAAUAUAUGAGUUGCGUGCUACCGACGAGGAAUUGGCUAUGAUAAAAGAACACUUGAAGAGCAAAUCCGAUGUGCCACUAGAUAGACCAGAGGCAUUCUUACACGACUUAUCUGGGAUCCCCAAUUUUGCGGAGAGGAUAUCAUGCUUCAUGUUCCAAGCCGAUUUCGAGGAUGCUGCCAGCACAACAAUGCACAAGUUAGACAAUUUGAAACACACGUGUGAGUUUCUAAUGACCAGUGAAUCUCUAAAGAAAUUAUUUGCUAUUAUAUUAACACUCGGUAAUUAUAUGAAUGGUGGAAAUGGGCAAAGAGGACAAGCUGAUGGCUUUGGGUUGGAGAUUCUUUCAAAACUGAAAGAUGUAAAGUCGAAGCAAUCGAACGUGACUCUGCUGCACUUCAUCGUGCGCACUUACAUGCGCGCAUGCGGCGGCGCCCUGGCGGCCGCGUGCGCGCUGCCCGUGCCCGAGCCCGGCGACGUGGCGCGCGCCGCCGCGCUCGACUUCCAGGACGUCGCCGCCGGCCUGGCCGCGCUCACGCACAACUUGGAAGGUGAGCGCACUUCAUCGUGCGCGCUGCCCGUGCCCGAGCCCGGCGACGUGGCGCGCGCCGCCGCGCUCGACUUCCAGGACGUCGCCGCCGGCCUGGCCGCGCUCACGCACAACUUGGAAGGUGAGCGCACUUCAUCGUGCGCGCUGCCCGUGCCCGAGCCCGGCGACGUGGCGCGCGCCGCCGCGCUCGACUUCCAGGACGUCGCCGCCGGCCUGGCCGCGCUCACGCACAACUUGGAAGGUGAGCGCACUUCAUCGUGCGCGCUGCCCGUGCCCGAGCCCGGCGACGUGGCGCGCGCCGCCGCGCUCGACUUCCAGGACGUCGCCGCCGGCCUGGCCGCGCUCACGCACAACUUGGAAGGUGAGCGCACUUCAUCGUGCGCGCUGCCCGUGCCCGAGCCCGGCGACGUGGCGCGCGCCGCCGCGCUCGACUUCCAGGACGUCGCCGCCGGCCUGGCCGCGCUCACGCACAACUUGGAAGCUUGCAAGGAAAAAACCAAGAAAAUCCUUGACUCAGGUGCGCAUUUAGAGGAGUCUCCUUCGGGCGAAGGACCAAAGAGGCUCGAAGUGUUCAGAGAAAAAAUGUCUACUUUCUUAAAUGCAGCCGAAGAAAAACUUAAGACUGAAUACGAAAACUUAGAAGAUUGUCGUAGUAAAUUUAUAGCAACGAUAAAAUUUUACCAGUACACCCCAAAAUGUGGCAAAGUUGAAGACUGUGAGCCUAAGGAAUUCUUCAGUCUGUGGACAUCAUUUUGCAGUGACUUCAAAGAUAUUUAUAAAAAGGAAGAACAGAUUGCUAUAAAAGAAAAGUUAAAAGAAGCCAAAAAAAUGCAAGAGGAACGAAAAUCAUUAACCCAGCCGAAAAAAGAAGGAGGCCUAAAAGCACGACUGCAGAAGUUAUCAAGUACCAGAAAAUAAUUAUAUUCUCUGCCAUUGCUUAAGCACAAAUAAUUCAAACAUUUGCCAUUUAAUUUAAAUAUUUUUAUAAUAUUUAUCGGUAAUUAUAAGUUAUGUUUAUUCUCUAGACUGCAAUCUAAGAUUAAGCGUUACAAUUGCCACCACUUUUAAUAUUGGUACAUUGAUAGUUUACAAAAUACAUCUAAACAAAAUUGGCACCUGUUUCAAACAGAACCCAACUGAGCUUAAAAUUAGAUUGAAGUCUAGAGAUGAUGUGCAGUACAUUAAUAUUAAUUAAUUUAACUUAUAAAGUGCAUUUCAGUGAUCAACGAAAAUUAAAUACAUUCCAUUUAAAAAUACUGUAUUGUGGUUUAUGCAUCUUUUGUGAAUUAAUGUCGAUUUCAGUUACAAAAAUGCUUUGUUUUUUAAACUUGCAUAAUGUUAAAAGAAUGUAGGCAUAAAAGUCAAUAAAUAGGCAUAUAAUUAAACUUGAACUAUUUCGCUUUUCUCAUAUAAUCUGGUUAAUAAAAUCAAUUUUGAUAUACCCAAUUGAACAAAUUAUGUUAUUGUUAGAGUUCAAUUUCAUUAAGUUGAAAGUAUUAACUGAAAAGAAUAUGUAUCAACAAACCUGUUUUUUGUGUAUUCAACAUUAUUUAACCCAAUUGAGAUUUAUUAUAAAAACCAUAAUGCUUAAAUUACAAUGUAUAAUGAGCAACACUUUGCUAGAAUGUUAUAAAAUUUUUGGAGAAAAAAAUAAUAUUAUAAAAGUUAAUGGUGCAUGCAGCUUAAUGCACACUCGGCCGAUAGCAAUGUACCAUUUACGUCGUUUUUAAAAUAAAAAACAAUUUCAGCAAUCAUUAAUUUUAUGUAUUAAAAUUAAUUAUCUUAAAUCAUUAGUAAAUUAGAUUUUCCCUGCUCAAUCAACUUAUGCGUUAUUUCAAUUACACAUUGUAUAAAAUAUAUUUUAUCUUCAUAAUGAAACUAAGAUUAUGCAAAUUACUACUGUAGGUAAAGCUAGAACAUUGAAGUAUAUCAAUAUGAAUAUGUGUGCAGUUCACAUUCAGCUGAUGUUUAAUAUUUGAGUACAUAUUAACUAAUAUUCUCAGCUGAACAUUUAACAAUAAUUGGCUUUAACUUCAACAGUUUUUAUGGCCAAAGCUAAUUUUAAAAAGUAUCACCUAUAACUAAGACCUAAACAGGCUUGUUUAUUAUCUUUUAUUUAGGGCAUAUAAAAACAAAAAUAUUAUGAAUAAUUUAUUGUACCUGAUCUAACUAUGUAUAAAAUCAACAUAUGAUUUUAGGAUAUCUUUAUCUACACAAAUGGUGCUGUACUGUAACAUUUAUAUUGUAAAUAACUAUGAAAUAUACUACUGUAAUUGUAAA